GGCCUCCGGUCGAUGCGGCUCCGUCAUCACGUGAGGCUCGUGUUGACUUCCCGGUCGCGCUCCGGGACUUCCCCGCUGUGGCGGAGGCUCCGGCAGCGCCGCCGGGUCGGCGGGAGGAGGCGAUGGGACAGCGGGGGGAGCCGAGCGGACGGCGCCACGGCCGGCGCUGCUUCUUCGCCGAGCUGAACGGCCGCUGCUGACCGCCUGGCUGGCCCGAGCGGGGCCCGGAGAGGUGUCAUGGAGGAGUUGGUGGAGGAUGACAUCUGUAUUUUGAACCAUGAAAAAGCAGACAACAGUCAUAAGAGAGAUGGGGAGAUUCCUGUUUCAGCUUACAGUGGAGAUGAGUCUGUUGCUUCCCAUUUUGCACUUGUCACUGCAUAUGAAGAUAUCAAGAAGCGGCUAAAGGAGACAGAGAAGGAGAAUUCCUUUCUAAAGAAAAGAGUGAGAAUUUUAGAAGAGAAGCUGCGUGGCUCCCGUCCGGAAGAGGAAUGCAGUUCAGUUGGACGUGAGCAAGUCAAUAGGGCAUAUCAAGCCUAUCGAGAGGCCUGCAUUGACAGAGAUAAUCUGAAAAGCAAACUGGAUAAAAUGACAAAAGAAACCGCAGAAUCCUUGAAAAACUUGAAUGAACAGUUGCAGUCCAAAGAAGUAGAGCUCUUACAACUAAAAACUGAAGUGGAAACACAGCAAGUUAUGAAAAGUCUGAAUUGUUGUACUCAGACCAGCUGGGAAAUAGAGAAGCUGAACAGUGACCUGAAAGUGCACAGUCUGGAACAGGAUCUAGAGAACCUCAAGCAAGAGUGCAAUGGUCUCAGAAAGGAAUUGCAGAAAUAUAAACAGAAGGACCAGGACCAAGAUGAAAAUCCAUUAAAUGGAGACAUUCUUCAAAGGCAAGCUGUUCAGAGUGUGCAGCAAGCAUAUUGGGAACUGAAGAGAGAAAUGUCUAAUUUGCAGCUAGUGACUGAAGUGCAAACUGAGGUUCUACGAAAACUGAAAACAAACUUAACAGCGACCAAGAAAGCUGCCUCUUCUGCACCAGUAGAAUGUGUUGAGCUGAAGAAUAUUACGAAGCAGAAUCUGACGUCUGGGGUAGUGUACAAAAAACUUUCACAAAGUGAUAAAUUACAUUGCAAUGCUGCACCACCCCCUCUGCCAGGAGACGUGAAAAUCCCAUCUGAAAGGGUGAUUCUACACGCAUGGACAGAGGAGAGACCCGUUCCUGUUGAUGGUAAAACAUUUCAGGAACACCAUUCUUAUGGGAAGAGCUCUCUGGAAGAUAAUUCCUGGGUAUUCCCGAGUCCUCCAAAACCUAAUGAGAAUGUGUUUUGGGAAACAAAUAAGAUUUUGUCGAACACUGCAGCAGAUUACCUGGAUCAGUGUAAUCAAAACUGUCUGCACAAGAACUAAGCAAUUUUUAGAAUGAACUGUGGCAGUUUAGAAUGAUUCUGAAUAGGCACCUUAUUGAACUUUUGAAGAGGUAAUUAAAUUGGUUCAAGUGUUCUUUUUUUUUUUUUUUUCCUAAAACAGAAAACCCUGUCUUCCUCUGCUGUAAAUCGGGAGCAAGUUUCAUAAAGUUAAAGCUGUGAUGGUAUAAUGUGAAUGAAUCUAGUGUGGGGCUUAGGCGGUCUUGUAUUGCAAACAGCACGUGUUUCCUAAAGAUUACAGCGAAAAGUUCUUGAAAUAAAAUUUCAUUCUGUAUUUAUUUGCUAUUUGUAUGUUUUCAAGAAGGUAUUUGGUAUCGUUAAACUUGUAACAGCUCUGAGCUUAUUUUUGACAGGUUUAUUUUGACAGAUUAAGUCAUUAAGUGAAGACUGGAUUCUCUUUCCCUCUCUCAAUUAACUUUCUUACUCCUAUGGUUUAGAAAUGCUUUUUUGUGUGAUUUUUUUUCAUUAAGAAGGUGAGAUGUUGGUUAAAAUUUAUUUAUGUUGAGAUGGAGGUAAGGGAAGAAUCACUUGUAGGCUGUCCUGUUUAGAUCACACAGCUUGGGGUGUGAUGAAUUAAAAAAGGAUUGUAAGCAACGCUGCUGAACGCAGUGAAUCUUAGCAGCCCAAUUCCCACUGCGUAUUCUUGCUGUGGGAAACUGCACACGGCGGUGCCUGCCACAGAAUCAUCCUAUUCAUGGUGCAGUUAUCCUUACCGUGCCUCCUUUGCACACCACCAGAACCUUGACUUUUUAUUUGUGUGGUUGUUAAAGCUACUAAUUUUCUUUUAUUAAAGAAAUAAAGCCUUAAUUUAAUUGGAGUAGUUGUUGAUAGAAUAAUUGCUUUGGUAUCUUUAGUACUUCACUGAGAACUGAAGUUACUGAGAUUGUGACUGCCUGCUUUGUAGCCUGUGUGUCCGAGUGGUUUUUUUAGGGGUCUCACCUUAAGGCCAAGAAAUGUUCUUAGGUAAAUAGAAUUAAUGCCUUGUUUUUUAGAAACUUCUGUUUCUUUAUCUGAGUUGAGUACGACAGUGUUUAGUAAAUGAUUUGACUACUCAGUACUUAGAAGGAAAAUGCUUUGUAUUUUAGAUCCAUGAAUGCUUUUAACCUGUAAUGAGUGGGAAGGUGGUACUAAAUGUUACUUACAGAUGUCUGUGGGGAUUAAGUAUUCAACUUCACAUGUCCUACUUAAGAUCAGUGUGAUUGGAAAAAAUAAUUCCACAUCUGUUAAGUAACAAAUUACUAAAAAUUGCCCAAGAAAGCAUGAGGAAGUUACGACUAUGGCAUAACCAUUGUAAUGACAGGCUGUAAAGGUGUUACUUAGGCAAGUUGCUGCAGGAUCUGUGUGGCUCCAGUCACUUUCUUCCCAGUGGAAUAAAUGCUUCACAUGGUGCCCAUCUUCUCCUGUUUCAGUUUGUCUAUUAAAGUUGAAAGAAUGCCUUUCAGAUACCUUCUACUGUAUUAGUGAACAGCAUACAUAAGUAAUGUUUCCCAUUCACCAGAUACUGGGUUUUUUUAUCUUUCUAUUAUCUUGCUCACGUAUAGUGGCUUGUCUGUGAUUAAUGGAAAUGGUGUCAGAUGCUGGAAUUUAUUCUGACCAAUGAACACAGCUGACUCAGGGGAGUACAAUCUCUUGGAAAGUAAUAGAACAAAAGCCAAUAUGCAUAAAACAAACCCAAGUCACUAGGCUUUAGCUGAUAGAACCAACCACCUGUGUAAUAACAAAGCGGCAGGAAGCAUUUCUCAUGUGGCUGCAUAAAGUACACGGUGCCUAGUUCAAAAGUAGCUUACUUGGGGUUCCUCCCAGCCCAUCCUCAUGGAGGUGUUUUAUUUUUAGUGUAUUAUUCCACAGCCAUCAACAUGAAUACUUCUUGAUUUGUGCAAUGAAGGAAUUCUACUAUGUAAGAUUUUGAAAUAAAUUUAUUUUUGACUGAAA